UGGUAUGAUUGUGGCCUACAAGAUAGUGCCAGAUGAAAUAGAUGAAAUCAAGGAAACUCUGGUGGACUGGUGCGACGAAAAGGAGCUUAACCUCAUUUUAACCACGGGCGGUACCGGUUUUGCGCCAAGAGACGUCACACCAGAGGCCACUAAGGAGGUGAUAGAGCGUGAGGCUCCGGGGAUGUCGCUGGCAAUGUUGAUGGGGUCCCUCAACGUCACACCACUCGGCAUGCUUUCCAGACCCGUGUGUGGCAUCCGAGGGAAGACGCUCAUCAUUAACUUACCAGGAAGUAAGAAAGGCUCCCAGGAAUGCUUCCAGUUCAUCCUGCCGGCGCUGCCCCACGCCAUCGACCUCCUGCGUGACGCCGUGGUGAAAGUAAAGGAGGCGGCGGACGAGCUGGAGGACCUGCCGUCGCCGCCGCCGCCUCUCUCGCCGCCACCCAACAGUUCGCCACGGCGUCAGACGGAGGACAAGGGCGUGCAGUGCGAAGAUGAGGACGAGGAGAAGAAGGACAGCGGCGUGGCGUCCACGGAGGACAGCAGCUCCUCCCACAUCACCGCAGCCUCCAUCGCCGCCAAGAUCCCCGACGCCAUCAUCUCGCGGGGUGUCCAAGUGUUGCCCAGGGAUACGGCCUCGCUCAGCACCACGCCCUCGGAGUCGCCUCGCGCUCAGGCCACCUCCCGCCUCUCCACCGCUUCCUGUCCCACACCCAAAGCGCGGCUCCCCUCCUGUUCAUCCACCCUAAGCAUUGCUGAGGCCUCACGGAGAGAAUUCAGGGCUCACCUGGAUGAGGUCAUCACGCUCAAGUCAAGGUACUCUACCUUGGACCAGCUCCAGUGUAGGUUGGAGGGGCUUAAAGAUGAUCGCAGGAGGACCUUCAGCUCUCGAGUGCAGUCAAGAUGCAGCAGCAAAGAAAAUAUCCUAAGAUCAAGUCACAGUGCUGUAGACAUCACCAAGGUGGCCCGGAGACAUCGCAUGUCCCCCUUCCCCCUCACCUCCAUGGACAAGGCCUUCAUCACUGUGCUGGAGAUGACCGCCGUCCUGGGCACUGAGAUCAUCAACUACAGAGACGGAAUGGGUCGAGUCCUCGCUCAGGACGUUUAUGCCAAAGACAACCUGCCGCCAUUCCCUGCUUCCGUCAAGGAUGGUUAUGCUGUGAGAGCGGCCGACGGCCCAGGCGACCGCUUCAUCAUCGGAGAGUCCCAAGCAGGAGAGCAGCCCACCCACACGGUGAUGCCUGGCCAGGUGAUGAGGGUGACAACCGGCGCUCCAAUCCCCUGCGGGGCAGACGCCGUCGUUCAGGUGGAAGACACCGAGCUCCUCCGCGAGUCUGAAGAUAAAACAUCUACCUCAACCCACAGAGGUGCAUGUGGAGCCCAGCCGGGCACGGAGGAGCUGGAAGUACGAAUUUUAGUGCAGGCUCGGCCAGGCCAGGACAUCAGGCCUAUCGGUCAUGACAUCAAGCGUGGCGAGUGCGUGCUGGCCAAGGGAACCCACAUGGGUCCCUCUGAGAUCGGCCUCCUUGCCACAGUGGGGGUGACAGAGGUGGAGGUCCAGAAAUUCCCUGUGGUAGCAGUUAUGUCAACAGGAAAUGAGCUGCUGAACCCGGAAGAUGAUCUUCAUCCCGGGAAGAUCAGGGACAGCAAUCGCUCCACCCUGCUGGCCACCAUCCAGGAGCACGGCUACCCGACUAUCAAUCUGGGCAUUGUGGGAGACAACCCCGAUGACCUUCUCAACGCUCUGAAUGAAGGCAUCAGCCGUGCUGACGUCAUCAUCACCUCAGGCGGAGUGUCCAUGGGCGAGAAGGACUACCUUAAGCAGGUGCUGGAUAUUGAUCUUCAUGCUCAGAUCCAUUUUGGUCGGGUCUUCAUGAAACCAGGGCUCCCAACAACAUUUGCCACGCUGGACAUUGACGGUGCUCGUAAACUCAUCUUUGCCCUCCCAGGUAGAAACCCCGUAUCCGCUGUCGUCACCUGUAAUCUUUUUGUCAUACCCGCCUUGAGGAAGAUGCAGGGCAUUUUGGACCCAAGGCCUACUAUCAUCAAAGCCAGGUUAUCCUGCGACGUGAAGCUGGAUCCUCGCCCUGAAUACCACCGCUGCAUCCUAACAUGGCAUCACCAAGAGCCUCUGCCGUGGGCACAGAGCACAGGGAACCAGGUGAGCAGCAGACUGAUGAGCAUGCGCAGUGCCAACGGGCUCCUGAUGCUACCUCCCAAAACCGAGCAAUACGUGGAGCUGCACAAGGGCGAGGUGGUGGACGUCAUGGUCAUCGGGCGGCUAUGAUGUCACCAGGCACGGGGCCAGAGAGUCGCCGUCGUCAAUAGCGGGGGCGGUCGGUAUGGGCGGAUCACGGUGCAUGUCCACAUAUCAUUGACUAUUCUGUAAUAUGCAACGGCACAGCUAGUUUUUAUUGGUUCGGAGAAGGUAUAGUCGACAUCUUGAUCACAGCCUAGAUACAUAAGAAAACAUUGAUUUAAAAAGAUUAUAGUAUUUCAAAGAAAGAAAAUAUAACUUUUAAUGGAGAAAAAAAAAAUCUAAUUAUAAAAAGAGAUUUAUUCUGUAAUAUAUUGAUUAUUCUUCUUAUUAUUAUGAUUAUUCUUCUUACCAUUAUUAUAUUAAGGCAACGUUGUUGCUUCAUUGCAGUUGCUUUGUGUGUUCAAUGCUAGACUUAUCUAUAGCAGUAGCAUUUUAAUAGACAGCUGUAGGUGCCUGCCAGGACAAAAAUAUAUAUAUUAUUUUUCUCAUCUUAGUGGAUACAAGAAAAAAAAAAAAAGCUCUAAUCCCUUUUAUUUUGAAAAAUGAAGAAGAAAAAAAAAACAGAGGAAGACUUCAGAUUUCCCACGGUGCUGCAGCUGAAGAGGAAAAGGCGGGAGGGGGCACAUGGAGGUCUUUUUCUCUGGAGAGCGCCCGGCAAGGUGACACUUUUUCUCCUGUUAGUAUGCAUCAUAUCGGCUUCACAAAGAGCUUCGCUUGUCGUUUAUCUCGUGAGUCUUGUUUAUGUGCGCGGUGCCAAAUGCC